CAACGAUCACGACGUUUUCUAAACGUAUAGACGUACGAUGAGCAACAAGGCCUCGCUUGAAGAGCUCACGCAUCCCGAGUACUGGGAUCAAAGGUACAGCGAAAACGCAGGGUCGGAGGAGAAGUAUGACUGGUUACGUACGUUUGAUUCGAUCAGGCCCUUUUUAACUAAACAUCUCCCUGGGGCACCCAGCGACGUGAGAAUAUUGCAGCUAGGAUGUGGGAACAGUACUUUGUCCAAGGACCUACACGAUUUGGGCUAUGAGAAUCAGAUAUCAAUCGACUUCUCGUCCGUGGUCAUAGAGCAGAUGAGAAAAUUGCACCCUGACAUGGAAUGGGACGUUAUGGAUGUGCGCAAGAUGACAUUUGACAACCAUUCAAUCGAUAUUGCCAUUGACAAAGCUACUUUGGAUGCCAUGCUGUACGGAUCGUUGUGGGAUCCUGAUGACGAAGUAAAGAACAAUGUGAGCGCUUAUGUGGAUGAAGUUGCAAGGGUGCUGAAGCCGGGCGGUGUGUGGCUGUAUGUGACGUGGAGGCAGCCACAUUUCAUCAAACCGCUCUUAUCACGUCCAGACACGUGGUCGCUGGAUUCAUAUACGCUCGCGGAAGGCGGGGGAAUGUUUGAGUACUAUGGCUACGUGAUGAAGAAGUUCACGUAGCCCGUGAGUGAGGGCAAAAAAAAAAGGCUCACUGGUGUUCGUUUGAAGCUCCAAAAUGUAGUUUGCAUGCUGUGCAUGCGAAAGGGGUUAUUCCGAGCAUAUUCGUUACCUCCCCGCAUUUCGUCAGCUUCGAAGUAAGCAUUAAGAAGCAAAGCCGUACGUAGUAGAAGGCUCUGCAAGAAUGAUUCAUGUGAUUUCGAUGCUGCCGUCGGGCACAC